CAAUCCUUUUUGGAUCAAAUUAAUGGCGCCUCUUCUUCUUCCUCCACCCCUCACAAAAACCCUAACUUUCCCCUCUCUCCCCCCAUUGAACCCCCCAAAUCCCCACAAAAAGCUCGCCUUUAAGUGCAGAGCCGUAGCAGGGAACAGCCCCGAAGAGUUCCUGCUCAAUACCCUCCACCUUGGGGAAUCAAACCCUCUUUUCCCCAUUUUAAGGUACAGUUUUGCCCAAUUUGAGGGGCUGGUUUCAGGAUUAACAGAGGUUGAGAGGUGGGAGGUGUUGGUGUUCGCGGGGUUGAGUUGGGUUUACUUGACGGCGAGGCCCGGGGUGCUUGUGGGGGCAAUUGAUGCUUAUUUGUUGGCUCCAUCGCAAUUGGGGUUGGAUGGCUUGUUGGGGAAGAGGAACUUGAAGAUGAGUGAUUUUGUGGUUGGGGAGAGGCUCGGGGAGGGGUCGUUCGGGGUCGUGUACGCGGGGGCGAUCGUGGAGAGGGGUGCCGGGGCGGAGGAGAGGGCGGAUGGGAGGAGAGGGAGGAGAGUGGAGAUGGAUGGGAGGGUCAAGGAGAAGGUCAUUUUGAAAAAGGUGAAAGUGGGUAUUGAAGGGGCUAAAGAAUGUGGUGAUUUUGAGGAGUGGUUCAACUACCGUGUCUCCCGAGCAGCUCCUGAAACGUGUGCCAAGUUUCUUGGGAGUUUUAUUGCGGAUAAAACAUCUUCACAAUUCACCAAAGGUGGCAAAUGGCUUGUGUGGAGAUUCGAGGGGGACAGAGACUUGGCUGAUUACAUGAGCGACAAGAACUUCCCGUUCAACUUAGAGCGCGUUAUGUUUGGGCGCGUCCUCGAAGGGCUCGACUCUAUUAAAAGAAGUGCGCUGAUUAUUAAGCAAGUGAUGAGGCAGAUAAUCACCUCCCUGAAGAAAAUCCACGACACAGGAAUUGUUCAUCGAGACAUAAAGCCGUCCAACUUGGUAGUGACGACGAAGGGACAGAUCAAACUUAUAGAUUUCGGUGCAGCCGCGGACCUUCGCAUUGGUAAGAACUAUGUACCGGAUUGUGGAUUGCUUGAUCCAGACUACUGCCCCCCUGAAUUGUAUGUGCUCCCAGAGGAAACACCCAAACCUCCCCCAGAACCUAUUGCGGCUAUUUUUUCUCCGAUACUUUGGCUGCUUAAUAGCCCCGAUUUAUUCGAUAUGUACUCUGCUGGCAUCAUACUGAUGCAAAUGGCUAUUCCCACAUUGAGGACCACAUCAGGUCUGAAGAACUUCAAUUCUGAACUAAAAGCUGUCAGGUAUGAUCUAAACAGGUGGAGAGAGAUUACCCGUUCGAGACAUGAUUUCAGCAUUUUGGAUUUAGAGUCUGGUAGAGGAUGGGAUUUGGCGACAAAACUAAUUUCGGAAAGAGGAUUUCUGAGAAGAGGUAGAUUAUCAGCUGCUGCCGCUUUAAGGCAUCCGUAUUUUCUCUUGGGUGGUGAUCAAGCUGCGGCUGUUUUGUCGAAGCUCAGCUUAAGCCGAUAAUUUCUUUUAUCUUUUUUCCUGGUACUCUACCGACAAAAUGGUUGUGUAUAGUUUAGCGAUACCCGUGACUCCGUCUCAUGCGGAUUUAGUAAGAGGAGGCUAUGGUGUCAUUAACUUCGUACCAUGUAAAACAAUUAUAAUAUCUCAUUGAAUUACGACUGAUUCAAUUUUCUGUUCGGCUUUUA